CCCGGGUGCUGACAACCCAUGCUACGCCACUGUUCCCCUGCCCUCCUCCAUUGCAACGUUAUUUAUGUUAGCAAGGGGGCUAACAUCCUUCUGUCUAAUUUGUAGGAUGUCCUGUCAAGCCCAUCCUAACCUUAAGACUGGUAUGGGAAUAAAGAUAAUUAAGAUCAGUAAUCCCUUGCCAAUAUUUGUAGCAUGAGGUACUAUUAUUAGCUCAAAUGAAACAUAUAUUGAAGGGGCGGCUGACUCCCUCCCCCACCCAUCUUCUUUGUACAGUAUUUGCUUUACCACUUAACUGAUGUAUAUUUGCUUUGGACAAAUGUCCACCCACUUUCAAAAUAGCUUGUUCCCUUCCCCACCCCAUGUAAGUGAACCACCUCUGUUCUCUCAUGUCCAAGUAUGUCUCGUACAUGCUUUGCAAAGUCACUUUUCCACAGCUCGUUAUGCAUGCUUAGUGGCAGCAAAUAAACAAAGGUGGAGAAACAUCAUUUUGUGCAAAAACAUGCAUACUGUGUGAGCUCAAUACAGACCAGUGCAGCGACUCAUUUCUGCAAAGGAAUAAAAAAAUGGGUUUAGAUGGGGGGGGAGGCGGGGUAGUCGUUAUACAGAACACUUUUUACUGCCUGUAUUAUGGGCACGAAUUAUACAUUUCCCCCAUGGGAAUGGCGGGAAGAGUGACGGCAGCACACGCAAAAGCGGAAGCCGCGAGGUACCCGAGGGCGGCUCAACGGCCGGUCUCGCGCUGCCGCUUCCCGCGCUCUCAAGGCCCCGGGAGGAGGAAGGCGUGAAGGGAAUCCCGAAGGCGCGAAAACCUCGCGCAUGCGCGGGCCUUUCGCCUGCGACAGCCCAGUAGGCCGGCAGAAGCGAGCGAGCGAGCGAGCGUGCGGCAGAGCGGCGAUGGGAUGUGGGAGGGAGCUCGCUCGCCGCCCCGCGUGUGCCUAUGUGGGGCACGUUACAGCCCCGUGACGUCAGCGCGCAGCGUCACGCCGGGAGGGACGCACGAAAGUGUAAGUUUCAAUUUUUUUCCCUCCCCCUUGCCUUCCUUCUGUGCCAACCGCCAAAAAGCCAAGAAUCGCGGGACCGCCGGCGGAGGGGGGGAGGGCGAGCGGAGGCAGCGGCGAGCCCCGUUCCUCCCCAUCCGCCCCAUUCCGUGCAAGGAGCGCGAACAGGUGUGAGAAGGGGCUCAAACCUGCGGGUCGGCGCCGGGGAACCUCCAAGCUUUGGGGGUGGGGGGGGGGGAGGAGGCAGCAAAGCGAGGCAGGAAGGAGAGCGCGGCUUGGCUGGGUGAGCUUUGGCAGGGGCAGGGAAUGAUGGCGCUUUCGCGAGGAGGAGAAGCAGGAGGGGUUGUUGCCUGCAACCCGAUCCCGCGCAUGUUUACCCGAAAGUAAGCGGAGGGAGGGGGAGGAUUGCUUCCAAGUAAUCAGCAAUUGUGCAUCGGAUCGCAGCUCUGCACCCCGAGUACGGUAGAAGAAGAAAGAGCGGCUAAUUUUAAGUGCGAUUUACUCCCAGGUAAAAGCUUUGUUUAGGAUUGAGGACGAUCCUUUAUUAUUAUUAUUAUUAUUAUUAUUAUUAUUAUUCAUGUCUGCUUUUUUAUCCAGUAAGCAUGCAAAAGUCUCGGUGGAGCUUGCUUCCAAGUAAGCCUGCACACGGCUGCAGCCUUAAGGGAUGGCUGAAAUGUACUCGUGUUGUGGGGGGGGCGACACCCCCCCCCAAAAAGUGUCCCCUCCUUUGCUUCAGGAAAACUUCACACUUUCUGGAAAGUGUUGGAACCAAGGAAAGAAAAGAGGCUUGCAAAGCGAGGGGUUGGGGUGGAGAGGCGCUGGAAAGGGGUGAAAAGACGUGUGGGAAGGGGGGCAACUUCUUAUUAACAUUUCCCAUGCACACUUAUGUCGCUUCAUAAUUAUUGGCAGAGUUCAUUCUGGUGCAGUUGAACGAGUGUGUGUAUGUUUGUGGCCGGAGGUUGGUGGGGGGGGAGAGCAGAAAGGUGCCCCCCUCUCAACCUUAUCUCCCCACAAACACAGCUGCUUUGCCUUGCAAGGGGGAGGAGAAGGAGGAGGAGGAAGCCUAGAGGUGAUGGUGUUGCUCCUCGGCUGCUUCUCCCCACCCCCGAGGGGGUUUUGAGGAGGGCCGUGCAUUGCACAUGUGCAGUUGGCAUCUCUCUCUCUCUUUCCGUGCAAGAGCGGCGCUGUGGGUGGGGGAUUGCUCGGGAGUGUGUUGUGGGGGAUGGAGUUUGCUCCCUGCUUCUCCUCCUCUAGUUCCUCAGGUACCGUCGGCGCCUUGGGCAGGGGAGUGGGUUGCAGGGACCGAAAAGUAAGACAGGUGGGAGACGAGGAGGAGGAGGCGGCAGCGGCGGUGGGAAGCGCUUAGGCGGGACGGUUUAAGGCGAGGAUCCUCUUCCUCCUUCCUCCCCUCUCUCCUUCUACCCCGGUCUCUUCCCUCCCCCCUUCCCCGGGGCGGGCGGGCGAGGAGGAGGGUCUGCUGAGGGUGAGGUUGGUGCCUGGGUGGCCCCCCGUCUCUUCCCUCCAGCCUCAGACUCCCCGGGCUCUGGUCGGGCUUCUGAGGCCCUGGAGAGGGGGCGGGAAGGUGCAGGAGGCGGGGGCUGGCGGGAGUUGUUCUGUGGAGCGCAGAUGCUGCUUCGCCUGGUUUUCACAGGGACUCUCAGGACCAGUUUCCUCCCCCCGCCCCCGAAGCAGCAUGUAAAUUUCCAGGGCCUGCUUGCAUGUUCGCAUGGAGAAGCAGUGUGUGUUUUGUUCAGCGUUGGGGGGGGGGUGUAGUAGGGGGUUGGGCCCCUGAGGCCUAGCAACUGUUCUGCAGUUAAUGGGUCAGGAGCAAAGCCCCCCACCCCACUCCCCCUUCUUCUUGGAAGGGGGUUGCGUGCAGAUUUAUGCAGGAGGCAUAUUUAUCCUUUUCAGUCAUCCAGCGCAUAGCUGGACAGGGUGCAACUCCCCAUCCCCACCUCUAUGAUCCUGUCAGUUCAGGCCAUCUUGCCUUUAUAUUCUCAGAAGAUCAGGGGCCAAACACUUUGGAGACGGAGCUGCUCUUAAUUUAUGAAGGCUUUAAGUUGGGUCUUUCAGACUGUAACUUACUUUAAAAACCCUGUGCUGAAAGUCAAGGAAAUGUAGCCAUCUCAAUUUUAAAAUGUGUUUCUCUGCAAUAACCAAGUUCUUUUCUUUUAAUUUAUCGUUUUUAGAAUACAGUGCUACUGUUCCUGUACCUGUGGCAAUCAAGCAAGUAAAGAACUGAUUUCUUGGAUUAAGUAACAUGGCAAAAGAUGUAAGUAUAUUUGUAAGUAACGGUCCUACAGAUAAUGUUUUUGUUUAUUGUAUUUGUAUCCCACCUUUUUUCUCCAAGGAGGAUCUCAAGGUGAUGUAUAUGGUAAUCCCCACAAUUACACGGUGAGGUGGGUUAGCUGAGAGGCAGUGACUAGCCCAAGGUAACACUAGCAUUAAUAAAUAUAGGAAUUCACUGUUACCCUAUGUAUUCAUGUAGCUGCUUCUACACAGCAAAUAAGCAUGUGUUUAUCUAGCUGCAUUGACUCCAUCCUGUGCCACAUAAUGGCAGUGCAGCAUAUCAGUAGCAGCAUAUCACAAGUAUGUGUGGCUACAUUCAUACCAUUUAGGCUAAGAUGCUUUUAGCAUAGUGUCAUAGAGAUGACAAGUCAUCAUCUCUUCUAAUGAUGAGUAGUGGUGCAUCUGGUAUAUUGUAGUGGUGGUAUACAUGCACAUAGCAGCAUCAGCCUAUACUGCUGUACUAGGGUAGCAUGAAACACUUAGCAGAAUUCCAUAAGUCACUAUGUUGUGCUCUCACUUUCAGUUACACUUUAUUCCAAACUAGGGAAGGCCAGUUACAUGUAUGUGGAUCAGGAUCAGUUUUAUUUGAGUCAGCAGCCCCCAAAUAAUUAUGAAGGUAUAAUAUUUUUUUUGCCCACCAUUUCACUUGUGAAUAAACUAGGGAAAGCUUCUACCUUUCAGGAUGUUUAUUGCUAGCCCACUGGCUCCUAGUAUAGCUCCAGUAAUAGCUUAACACUUGCUUUGCUUUCUUAAAAGCAAUAUAAGUAGAAGGUUUACACUAAAAAGUUAUAGGCUUGAGGAUCUGUAAUAAGCUGUUUGUCCGUCAUAUGAUUUUGUGUGGUGCUGACUUUGAUCAUCUAUGGCAUGAAUGAAAAAAACCUUUUUAGUGUUGUCUUUUUAAGUAUGAUGCAGUGAAUUCUUACUGCUUUUGUUAGUACUCUACUUUCCAUUAUAUUGCCUGGCUGAAAUAGAAGGUACACCUUUAUCCUUCUAUUAAUCUAGCCCUCUUCUAGCAGAACCACACCUUCAGCAUUGAAAAGCAUAUGACAGUUUGGUUGUUUCUUUGUGCCCUAUUCUUAAAAAAAAUAGAGUUGUUGAAUUUCCUAUUAAGGUAUUUAUCAUAGACUCAGAUCGUGACCUAAAAUUGAAAUUGCAAAAAACUAGCUACUGGAGUCUAUAAUUUCCUCCCGUUGUUGUAAUUUUCCUGCAAACUAGAACAGUCAAGUUCAGUUUCAUCAAUGAACAUAAGUUUAAUCAGUAUGGGUAAUCCCAUUGAUUUAGAGCAGGCUUCCACAAUUUAUAACACAUCAAGCUAAACAGUUCAUCAACCAUGUAUUGUAGGCUGGUGUGUACUUAACAAACCCUGUUUUACAGUAUCACUCGGAUAUCACAAACAGACAGAGGGCUGUGCUUAGUUUGGCAGGCCCCAAAUUCUGCAGUUAAUUUGGCAAUUAAAAUUGCAAAGAAAAAGUACAGAAAAAUAAUUGUUUUAAAUCACGUUUCCCAUUUUGAAUUUUCCCUCCUGAACAACUAUGCAUGCUAACUAGUUAACGACAACAAAACAUGUUGGUUGGCAACUAAAUUGAGCCAUCAUAAAUGCUAUAAGUAAAAUGGAGAGCUUUUGUGGUCUUGCAGCCCAUAUCCACUGCAAAAAUAAUGUGGGAUUAGAGACAAGUAACAGAUCUUUGUUUGGAUCUCUGUACAGAUACAGAAACACCAAGGAAGGUCACUUACAGUCAUGGGAAAAAGAAAGUGACCUUCUUUGAAUUCUGUGGUUUUACAUAUCAGGACAUAAUAGCAAUCAUUUGUUUCUUAGCAGGUCUUAAAAUUAGGUAAAUACAACUUCAAAUGAAUAAAAGUACAUUACAUAUUACACCAUGUUGUGAUUUAUUUAACAGAAAUAAAGUCAAAAUGGAAAAGCAAUAUGUGAAAAACUAAGUACACCUUAUGAUUCAAUAGCUUGUAGAACCACCAUUAGCAGCAAUAACAUUAAGUAAUUGUUUUCUGUAGGACUUUAUCCAUCUGUCACAUCAUUGUGGAGGAAUUUUGACCCAAUCUUUACAACUUGCUUCAGUUCAUUGAGGUUUGCUGGCGUUUGUUUAUGCAUAGCUCUCUUAAGGUCCCACACAGCAUUUCAGUUGGGUUGAGGUCUGGAUUUUGACAGGGCCAUUGCAACACCUUGAUUCUGUUCUUUUUCAGUCAUUCUGUUGUAGAUUUGCUGGUGUGUUUGGGAUCCUUGUCCUGUUGCAUGUCCCAGUUUCAGCCAAGCUUCAGCUGUUGGGCGGAUGGCCACACAUUUGACUGUAGAAUACUUUGGUAUACUCAUGGCCAACUCAAUGACUGCAAGGUUCCCAGGUCCUGUGGCUGCAAAACAAGCCCAAAUCAUCACCCUUCCACCACCGUGCUUGACAGUUGGUAUGAGGUGCUUGUGCUGAUAUGCUGUGUUUGAUUUUUGCUAAAUGUGCUGUGCAUUAUGGCCAAACAUCUCCACUUUGGUCUCAUCUGUCCAAAGAACAUAGUUCCAGAAGUCUUGUGGUUUGUUCAGAUGCAACUUUGCAAACCAAAGUCGUGCUGCCAUGUUCUUUUUAGAGAGACAAGACUUUCAUCUGGAAAUGCUUCCAAACAAUACUUGUUUAGUCUUUUUCUAUGGAUACCGUCAUGAAUUUUAAAAUUUAACAUGCUAACAGAGACCUUUAGAGCCUGAGAUGUAACUCUUGGGGUUUUUGCAAUUUCUUUGAGUGUUGCACGGUCUGACCUUGGGGUGAAUUUGCUGGGUCAUCCACUCCUGGGAAGAUUGGAAACGGUCUUGAAUGUUUUCCACUUUUGAAUAACCUUUUCCGCUGUAGAACAUUGGUUGGAGUUGGCCUUGGAACCCUUCCAGUUUUAUGGGCAGUAGCACUUGCUUCUCUAAGAAUGUUGUCUUUCCUCCUUGGCCUUGUGUUAAAACACACCUGAAUGCUCCAGACCGGCAAGCUGCUAAAACUUUGGCUUUUAUGGAGGUGGGCACACUUGCUGAUGAUCAAUUAAGCAAGGGUAUUUGUAGCCCCUGUCUGCUACUUAUCCUUUUAAUUCCUGUGGAGCAGUAAGGGUGUACUUAGUUUUUCACAUCUAAUUUCUCCAUCUUGAAUACAAGAUCGCCUGUAUGGACUCUGGAUCAUCCUUAUGAGAUGCAAGAUGGCAUCUCUAGAAUACUACAGUAUCUGUGAAAACUUGCUGCUUCCUGGAUCCAGUAGGCAUCAACAACAAUAAAUUCAGUAUAUUGCUUUUAUGAUACUUAAAACUAAGAAGUCAUAUUUUCCUCUAUGGUUCUAACUAAAUCUGUUUGAUAAACUGUUGUGAUUGAGUUUAAGAGGUAAGUGUGGACUUAACACUUUUGUCUUAAAUUCAGAUUUCCUUUAUAAACAUACACAAUUAAAAAGUCUUUUAUAAUGCAAUUUCCUCCUGCCAUGUUUAGGGCCUCAGGAUAUUACAUGUCCUUGUAAAUGCAGAGAAAUAUGAGGCUUGUUUUUCUUUUGAAAGUACAUUGCAAAUUCUAAAAUGUAUUGCUGAUAUCCGUGUUCAACUUAAGAUUUGUUUUUAGAAUUACAGUCCCAUUUGGUUUUCGAACGUUUUGGAAGUCGAACGGACUUCCGGAACGGAUUCCGUUCAACUUCCAAGGUACGACUGUAGUGAUGCUGUGGGACUCAGCCCUAUGGCAAUUAUACCAUGGGGUCCUGCAGGGAUCUGUGCUAUUUAAGAUCUGCAUAAAGCUGUUGGGAGCCAUUAUCAGGGGAAUUGAGGUGACACAUCAUCAGUACACUGAUUGUGCCUUGCCUCAUCUCUUACGUCUGUUGGAAUCGGGAGCUGAAGGGAUAGAUGCAAGCCAGUAAGCUGAAAUUGAAUCUAGAGAAGACACGGGCCCUAUGGAUUGGUUUCUGGGUCCAGAAAUUAGGAUUGGAGUGCAGUUGCACUCCCCCUAAAGGAGCAGUUGUGUGAUCCAGGGGCACUCCUAAAUUUCACCUUAUGGUUGGAGACUAAGAUCACCAGAUACACCCGAUUCCCUAGCUGUUGCCAUUCCUGGAUAAGGAUAGCUGGAAUUUUGAUGACUCUACAUUGGGCCUCCUUUGGAGGUCGCAGCUGUUGCCUGGUUGCUGUUGAGUUUAGGUGCCCCAAGCAUAUUGAACCAGCUCUGAAGCAACUUCACCGGCUGGCUAUUUGUCAAGGUGUUGAGUUUAAUAUAUGAAUCUCAAAUGGCUUGGGGCCCACCUACCUGGAAUAGCACCUUCCCAGGAUCAUCCUGCCUCUGAAUUGAGAUCUGCGGAAGAUUCCUUAUUGGUUGUGCCAUCAGUGACAGAAGUAGGUUUAGUUGACCCAGAGCAGGGCCUUCUUGGAAGUAGCACCUUGACUUCAGAGCUGUCUUUCCCCUUGGAUCAGGCCAGCUCCCACUCUCAUUUGGUUUUAGUGGCAGGUUAAGACAUUUUAGUUCUGCCAGGCCUUUGUGUUGUUUUCAGGCAAUUUUUGUUUUGGAUGAAGUGUAUUUUAACGGCUUUUUAUUCAGUGAUAUAUGCCAUAUGAUGUUGUGGCCCACCCUGUGACCUUCAAGUAGAGGGUAUAGAAUAAAUGCCCACAAAUGAAAUACACAAUAUUUGAUACACAAUAUUUCAGUUUACCCAUACGUUUAUUUUAAGUGAAUUUGCAAUAUGUUAAUCUUGUAAGAAGGGACGCGGGUGGCGCUGUGGGUUAAACCACAGAGCCUAGGACUUGCCAAUCAGAAGGUCGGCGGUUCGAAUCCCCGCAACGGGGUGAGCUCCCAUUGCUUGGUCCCUGCUCCUGCCAACCUAGCAGUUCGAAAGCACGUGAAGUGCAAGUAGAUAAAUAGGUACCGCUCCGGUGGGAAGGUAAACGGCGUUUCCGUGCACUGCUCUGGUUCGCCAGAAGCAGCUUAGUCAUGCUGGCCACAUGACCCGGAAGCUGUACGCCGGCUCCCUCGGCCAAUAAAGCAAGAUGAGCACCGCAACCCCAGAGUCGGUCACGACUGGACCUAAUGGUCAGGGGUCCCUUUACCUUUACCUAAUCUUGUAAGGAGGAGUUCUGUAUCCUCUGAGAAAGCAGUACCUUGCACAGUUUAUAGUUUCUUGCUUUUGUACACUUAUGUUUCUUGUGGCCAGGUUCAAAGAGCUGCUCAAGUAAUCAGUGUGCAGUAGGAGUCUUUGCACUUCCAUUCAUUGAGUAAUAGCGCACAUCCUUUGUAACAUGGCAGAUUCCUUUGAAACUGAGGGCACUUUCCUAAGGAGGUUGUGUGUGGCAUUGGUUGGUGGUGGUUUAAAGAAAGAACAUCCCAAGUCCUAUGACAUACUUAAAAUAGCUUUUGAAUGGUUGCUGCUGUGACUGAUGGGAGCAGAACUGACAUUGCUAUAUGUCUCUGAAGAUAGAGAAGCGGGUAAAGGUGCCAGUCAGAUUGACAAAGAGGCAGUGUAAUUAAAGGAAGUGUGUCAAAGUGGGCAACGGACUGAAGAAAACUGAAAAAAAUAAUUUCUGGUGGAUCUGUGAUGAAAGGGAAAGCCAAGGAGAUUGUAGGGUUGAGGCACAGCCUCAGCAAGGCCCAGGAACAGAAUAAACUAUGCACUAUUGGCAGGAAGGAAUUUGGUGGGGGCAGUAAUUCAGGAAGUCAAGGGGAAUCAAUUUGCUACCUCCACAGCCUAAACUUUGCCAGCACUAUUGUACUUUUGAGUUUCAUUAAAGAGGACUCAAUUUUAAGGUGUCAAAGAGUGGCAAGUUGUGGGGGCAGUCUUUAGUUCAAAUCAAUAUGUUAACUACCGUAUUUUUUCAUGUAUAACACGCCCCCGUGUAUAACACACACAUUAUUUUGGGGGACUCCAAAUUAAGAAAAUGGGGAGGGGGGAGAUUUCCAAGAGUUGUUAAGCUUUUUUGGGGGGGAGGGAAUGAUUGCUGAAAAUAGCUUACAGUACCCGCUGCUGAAAAUCGCAUGCGUCACAGAAGACCCGCAGCUGCCAAUCAACCGCCCUAUUGCCACAGUGGCAGCCAAUCACCAUCAACCCUUGCCGCAGAGAAUCUCUUGCUCACAGCUGCAACAAAUCAACCAACCCCCCCUCUGCACUACCUGUGUAUAAGACGAGCCCCAAUUUUAAACCUAAAUCCUCGUCUUAUACACAGAAAAAUACGGUAAUUAAAUACAUCAUUUAUAGAGUUAUUAUUGUUAGCAAUUCUUUGUUGCUCAACCAGGCUAUAGAGUUCAAUUGUAUGCUGUUAUAUAUUUAUGCCUUGUGCUACCCUGAAGUAAAAGGGCUUUUUAAAAUGUUGCAAGUUCUCUAGUGCAAAGAGAUUGUCCUCUCUCAGAGAAGGCUGCAUACUAUGAUUAUGCUGCUUAUAUUAUCGAGUUAUAAAGUAACAAUUGAAACUAAAUAAAUACGAGAAUCAGUGGAAACAAAAUAAUUUAAAAUCAUGGCUAGCCAUUAUGUCCAAACUGGGAAACAUGGUUUGUUUCUUUCAAAUCGUGAUCGGUACGUCAAGAACAAACCUUGACUUAAGAGUGUCAUUUGCGGGAGUGGAAGAAGGCCACAAUCCCCAGUUCUGACACAGCGCUAAGUUGUUGGCUUCCGCUCACUGGCAAGGAAGAGCAAAGUGAGAGUAAUCUGCAUAUUCAUGUUAAAAUAUUACUCCUAGCUUACUAUGGGGUGUGAAUGCAGUCACUGUGUACAGAGAAGACUGAGUUAAAUGUAAGGGACUUAAUGCAUAUUGGCAUAUGUGUUUUAGUAUCCACAUAGCAGUGCAUGCAUCUGUGGCCAAUAAUGUGUAAUACUUAACAAAAAGCAUAGACUCUCUCUGUAUGUAGCAUGUAGCUUAAUUGAAUUUACCAUUAAAAUAUAUAGAAUUUCAAGCACUGUGGGUUGGGUUAUCACUCAAACGUAUAUAUAUAUAUUUGUUGCUUUCUACAUCUAGCUCCAAGCAAAGCACGGCAAAUAGCAUUUUUUUGCAAUUGGAAAAUAGAUGCAUUCAAUAAAUGUCUGUGGAGUAAUUUGUUUGUUUGUUUAUGCAGCUUCUGGAGUAUUAUGUUCCAUAUCUAACUGGUAUAUCUGACUUCCGAGGGAAUUCAGCUGGUUUCCUGAUUUUGAUAGAAAAUAUUUGUACACAUCAAGUCUUUUCUUAGAAUUAUAUCAAUGCAUUCAUUUUUUAUUCCAGUUAAUUAGCCUUUCUUAAAGGGAAGGUCAUACCAAUGUUAAGAAAUUUGGGAGGUGGGGGUUAUACAUUGAAGAUUUUUCAUUCUGGAUUUGGGCACUGUUCAGUCGUACCUGCUUGAGGAGAAGGGCAAGUUAGAAGACACUGCAUGAAAGAUGUGAAUGCAACUAACUGCUCAAGUUUUCUAUGUACAGUAAUUUCUCACCCUGCAGGAGCAAGUGCAACUUUUAGCCUGAAAUGAUUUGGUGGGAGAGGGGCUUUAUCUUACAGCAGGAGGGGUAAAUUCAGAUUUCUUUAGAAGUGUUUUACAUGCCUAAUUGGUCAUGUUUGAGAUACCUGGUUCAUUAUCUGUCACUGCAUUUUGUGGAGUUCAACUAAUGAAGGACACUUCACAUAUUGCUACAAAGGACGUCUAACCCCCAGUUCUCUUUUCCUCAGUCUCAAUCAUUGCAGAUAAUUUAUUUGUGUUAAGGGAAUUUCAUUUCAUUUAUUAUAUUUCCAUGCCACUUUUCACUCACAUGAGAUAAAAAAAUUAGAAUUUUAGACUUAAGCUUAGUUUUGAUCAUUCAACAAGUGUACAAAAUAUUAACAAAAUUGGAUGACAUGAGGUAAAAAGGUUGGAUCACUUGAUAUGGAAUGACCCACUGGUAAGUGAUAAUAUUCAGCUAGUCUGUAGUAUUGCAUUCUUGAGUGAGGUGAUUGAGCAUUCAGCGCCAAUGUUCUUCGUUGAGCUGGAUUCUCCAGAUUCAUUUCAAUCUAACUUUGACAGCUUGUUGAAUGGAGAUAACUUUCUCUAGCCUAGUGCACCUGGAAGUGGAUGUGGGGAUGUGUGUCCCUGAAGUGUCUCUAGUCCAAGGGUAGGCAACCUAAGGCCCGGGGGCCGGAUGCGGCCCAAUCACCUUCUAAAUCCGACCCGUGGACAGUCCAGGAAUCAGCGUGUUUUUACAUGAGUAGAAUGCGUCCUUUUAUUUAAAAUACUGGGUUAUUUGUGGGGGCUGCCUGGUGUUUUUACAUGAGUAGAAUGUGUGCUUUUAUUUAAAAUGCAUCUCUGGGUUACUUGUGGGGCAUAGGAAUUAGUUCAUCCCCCCCCCAUAUAGUCCUGCCCACCACAUGGUCUGAGAGACAGUGGACUGGCCCACGGCUGAAAAAGGUUGCUGACCCCUGCGAGUCUAGUCCUUCCUGGAGAUGUAGUUCCAGAAGGUGGGGAUGGGGGUGACUCCUGUUGGACAUUUUGACCGUAGUGGCCUUCAAGGUUCUGUCUUGUACCACAUGCUGUUUAACAGCUACAUGAAAUUGCUGAGAAUGCUCAGGGUUGCGAAGUUUAGUCCCAUUAAUAUGCUGAUUAAACCUGGCUCUCUCUCCUUUCCAUGUAAAUCCAAGAGAGCUGUUCCAAGUUUUGAUUGGUGCCAAGCAUCAGUAACCAAAGUGAAAUACCUUCUUAGUUCUUUUGCAUGCCUAAAAUGGUAGAACUUCUCAUUUACUAAGCCAUCAAAUUUCUUAUUUUAGUGGCUUUCUAUCCUUUAAUCUGGGCUCCAUCUUUGCCGUUAACAUGUUGACUUAUUCUAAAUGGUAUUGUUAACUAAAUCAUUUUAUUCCGUUUCUGGUUGCCAUAAGGAGCUUUGAUUUUUUAAAUAUCUCCAUGAUAAUUUAAAAAGUGUGGAAAUUGUUGCCCUAGGGAACCACAAUAAAAGUCUCACCUUUGAAAAAUGAUGGGUUUUUGGGGGGAGUAAGGUAAGAAAAUACAAAAAGUUGAUAAAAAUUUAUUCCCUUGUGCUUACAGUACUUUUAAUUUUUGCUCUGCUUGUAAGCGUGCUAAGGGUUGAAUAUGUAGAGCUUUAUAAUGCAGGCUGCUGGCUUAUUUUAAAGAUAUGCUUCUCUUUAUUAUACCUACAUUUUGUUUGAUUCAGUCCUAAGAGUUCACAGCAGUCCUGUCUUGGAGAAAUAAUUCCCUAGUUGCUUUGCUCAUGUGCUAGUCAACAAGAAGCAAAAUUGGUGAGUUGGCUGGCAGUGCACUCUAGGGUACAGGGUAGGCCUAUAAAGAGCUAGUAAACAACUGUGUGUACUUCAGAUUUCCAGUGCACCUGCUGUGAAGCUCUGGUGAUGGCAGUCAAACCCUGGUCUGACCCCCAGGCUGAAUUCCUAUGAGGUUUUUUGGCAACUGUAUUCCUUGUGAAAUGCAGCUUUGAUGACAUUUUAAAACGUUUUGCUUUCCUAAGUUGAAAAAGAAACUUUGAGCUAAAACUCCAAAACUCACUUUAGGGCCAGAGGGAGGCAUUUGAAAGGAAAAUGUAUGUGAUAGUUUAACUCCUUUGGCGUAGGUUGCUGAUAGAAGCCCAUGACCCUGGUAAAGAGGACAAAUGUCAACCAUGUAUUGAUCAGAGCAGUCUACAUAGUUGCUUGCUUCUGCGGUGUGUGUGUGUGUGUGUGUGUGUGUGUAAUGGGUUGGAAUAUUGCAUAUUUUGAUCUUACUAAGAGCUGGGUUACACAACGGCCAGCUGAUAAGUCUGUAUGCAUAAUGGGGCAUUGGGAGUGUGUAUGUGCCUAUGUGCAAGUUCCCCAACUCCUUAGGACAAAACAAGGUGUGGCCUGAACUAAGGGGGAUUUUGUGUAUAGCUAUAUGCAUAUAGGUAGACCUGGAGCAGUGUUCUAUGAUAAGCCUGCACAGUAAACAUCACAGAUCUGGUGCUUGCCAGGACCACAAAAAAAUCCAAGGCACAGACCCUCAUGGAUCUUAAUUAUUUUUUAUAGAGAGUGACAACAGUACCACCAACAAAUCACAGAAUACAUUUGUGGACACAAAGGCAACCUAUAACUUGAUGAUGGAUUUGGAUGGUCCCUUGCAAAACCUAUUGGGACCUGGGAAUGUAAUUUGUUUGCAAAGUACUUUACAUCUAAAUAAAAUGUGUCUUCUCUUGUAGGCUGGUCUAAUUGAAGCUAAUGGAGAAUUAAAGGUUUUUAUAGAUCAAAAUCUUAGUCCUGGAAAAGGUAAGAAACCAUUGUUGUCAUUGGCCUUCAUAUUUAAUGAAGUAAGACUUCUGUGUGUGUAGUAAGGCUGGCUUCACGUUUGAGGAGUCCUGGGCAAAGAAACGUCGGGUGGGUCCCAUUCCUCUUAUCUGAAGACCCUGGUGGGCUACACCUAGCCACACUUGACACCUGGGCCUAGUCUUUCUCACAGUCUUUCUCACAGUGACCCAGAUCUAUUAGUACUUUGUAAACUUCUUUAAAAUUUUGCAGUUGAAAGGCAGCGUGUACAAAUUUUAAUCAGUAAAUACAUCCUAGGCAUGUAAUGCUACCUGCACAAUGGUGUUUGUUGUAGAAGAAAGCAUGCAUAUUGACCGUUCAGUCUUUCUUACUUAUAGGUUUUCACUGAAUUUUUGAAAGAAAUACUUUAUACAGAAACAGUACAAUAAACAACAAUAAUUUUUUAAAAGUGCACAUGAUCAGUGGCAGCCAAUACUGUAAUCAACCAUUGCCUGUUACACAAAUGAAAUUGUGUAGGGAGUCCAUGUGCCCUAUAAUUUUCCAUUUUCCCCUUGUGAAAAAGGCAUCUUCUCAUAGGUGGUGGCUGGUAUCUUUGGUCCAUUGUAUGAUUAGGGAGAGGAUCUGUCCUCCCAUUAUUGGAUUAUUAUGUGCUUAGCUAUCAUGAGUGUCCACAGCAGCCAGUCACAUUGUUCCUCACUCAGAUUCCAGAAUGGUAUGUAGUUCAUCAGCAACAUCUUUGAAUCCCAUGGAUGCGCCUAAGGCCUUAUCUAUGCAGCUGUUUAUCUUUGACCCAUAGGGCGCAACUUUUGAGCAGGACCAUGUUGUGUGACAUAGAGUUGCUUGAGGGGAGCCACAGCGGCAACCUAUAUCUGUUUCACAGUUGUUUAUGAAAGAGACAGUGUGUUACUCCGUACUCUCUGAAAGUGAGGCUUUGGAGUCUUAGGUCUUCAGUUGAAGUGACCGAAGGGGAUAGUACCCACUCAAAAUUCAAAUGUGCCAUAGGCCUAUAAAAAGGUUGUGACCCCUGCUUUAACAAAUAAAGCUUCAAUUUAUUUACUAAUGUGUUUGUAUCCCAGAUUUUUAAUAAAAUUAUUUUUUAUGGACAGGGCAUCCAAAUGUGAGUAAGAAUACAUUUGAGACUGAUACAGUUAUUUCUCAGCAGAACCAUUCCACUUUUGUUCCAAGCACAAUUCAAAGUGUUGGGGCUGACUUUUAAAGCCCUAAAAUGCCUCGCCCCAGUAUACCUGAAGGAGCGUCUCCACCCCCAUCAUUCAGCCCAGACACUGAGGACCUCCUCUGAGGGUCUUCUGUUGGUUCCCUCACUUCGAGAAGCAAAUUUACAGUGAACCAGGCAGAGGGCCUUCUCAGUAGUAGUGCCCUCCCUCUGGAAUGCCCUCCCAGCAGAUGUCAAGGAGAUAAAAGAAUUACACAACUUUUAGAAGACAUCUAUCUGGAGGUUUUUAAUGUUUGAUGUUUUUAGAUAUGCUGUAAGCUGCCCAGAGUGGCUGGUGAAACCCAGCCAGAUGGGCGGGGGUAACAACAACAACAACUAUUAUUACUUUAGUUCCCUGAAUCAACUUAUUGACUUAUGCCACAAACAUUUCAUCAGGAUUUGGUUGCGACUGCAAUUUUCUAAUUCUCAAAAUAGGCAUGUAAUGCCAUCUGCACAAAAGAAAGAGAAUCAACUAGGCUAUAAAGAUCACACUUUUAAAAAGUUGCACACUAGAAUAGUUAAUGUUAAAAAUCUCUUCCAGUCUCAGAUGCUACUUGCCAGAAACUGAUUAGUAUUUUCUUAUUUCCUUUAGUCAUCAAAUCCCUCCUGAAUUAUUUCAGACAACACUGCAUUUAACUACUUAGAAGGGUGGGUGGGUAAUUGGCUGCAUAUACACCAUACUAAUAUUCUGUAGCUAUUCAAGUGAAUAGAAUACUUUUUCACUUUACUUUCUACCAUUCUAAAAUUUUACUUCUAUAAAAUAUUUUGUACCACCGGGUGGCAGCAUUUAUACAGAAAUGCAUAUACGCAUUGCUCAUAUAGAACUUUUACAAACUUCUGUCUUCAUGACGACUUGGAGACACAGGCUGCAGUUCUGUGUAUGCUUCACACUGACUUUCCAAGUAAAAAUGGAUGUGAUUGUAAAGAGAUGUGGAAGCUUUCUUCAUGCUGACUUGUGGCUGACAAGAUUUAUCCAGAACCUUUGUAGGGGACCUAUGACUCUCCAGUUGGCAUGGUUAAUGGUCAAGGAUGAUGGGAGUUCAGUCAGUAGAUUUUAUGGUUUUUAGCUAAUGGCCAUCACAAUGCAGUAUGAGCACAGAUCACACAACUACAAAAUGAAAGACGUUACUAAAGGAUGAUGGCAGUUGUAGUUCAGAAAUAUCACGAAGGCCAUAGAUUCCCCAGCCUGAUUUAGAAGUUAAUCUUCAAGCAAAGCAGAUGUUUCUGGUAGUAGUUUAAGUCAGUAUGUCAGAUAAAUUAUAGUGAGGGAUUCUAAUCUUGGCACGUUGAUUUCUCUGUCUUCAGAGAAUUAAAUCAAGCUAUUAUGUUUGAGCUCAAUGAUUUAUCUCGAGGACUUCAUCCUAACAUUUGCUCAAGUAAAGAAUGUCUUGCAUAUUUAAAAGCAUUUUAACUUGGACGUGUGCAACAGAAUGAGGUUAAAUAUUACACUGACCUCUUUAGUUUGCCUAGUCAGAUGCUAAUUGUGUUGCCAGUUAUUUGUUACCAUUUUGUAACUUUUCAAUUUGUGUAUUUUAGGUGUUGUUUCAUUAGUAGCCGUUCACCCUUCCGCAGUAAAUACACUUGGAAAACAACUCCUACCGAAAACAUUUGGACAAUCUAAUGUCAACAUUGCACAACAGAUGGUAAGAGGCCUGUUGGGAAACCUACUGAUUCAUUUGUGAUAUGUAACUUGUAGAUUUUGAGGUGCCACAUUAAUCCUUUGCUGGGGUCAACCCCAACACUGGGACGCAUUAUGAGAAAACAUGCAUAAGAUUGUUCUACUAAACUGUGACCCUACAGACGUUGGUGUGCUGCAGCUUUUAUCAGCUUCUGCUAAUGCACCCAGUGAUGAGGGAUGGUGGGAGUUUUAGAUGGAAACAUCUAAAGCGCCACCUCUGUUGUACAUUAGAAAUUUUUGAGAUCUACACCAUGGGGUGCAUUUAAACUGGCAGCUUUCAAUGGAGAAGAGCACCAUUAGAUGAGGUUCUUUCAGCAGCAUGCCUAUAUAAUAUAAGUUAGAGUUUGAUUCCAACUUAAGAGUUUCCUGGUUGGGCAAAAUACCCACUUAAAAAUGUAAAUUGUUGUUUGACUUUUUAAAAUGUAUCUAGUAUAAAAGUAUGGCUUCCAUACUAAGGAAGCUAAUAUAAUUACAGUGUUACCUCAGUUUUCAAAUGUCUCAGAAGCUGAACAUUUCGGUUUUCGAACGCUGAAAACCCGGAAGUAAAUGCUUCUGUUUUUGAGUGUGCCUUGGAAGUCAAACGGCUUCCGCUGCGUUUUUUUCAGUUUUCUCCAUUGAAUUUGCAGGCCGCCCUUUGCACCUCGGUUUUCAAACAUUUCAGAAGUCGAACGGUCUUCCAGAACGGAUUAUGUUCGAAAUCCGAGGUACCACUGUAAUCUGAAUAGGAGUGGCAUUAAUUGACAUUUUGUAUUAACUGUAGGUUAUUGGUACACCUCAGAGACCUUCAGCCCCCAAUACUAUUCUGGUAUCAAGUCCACAUACACCCAACACACACUUCGUACCGCAGAACCAGACUGCAGAUUCUUCGCCUUGGUCUGCUGGGUGAGUAAAAUUUAGUUAGGUUACAACAUAUUCACAGGAAAAUGUUACAACAUAUUCACAGGAAAAUGUUACAACAUAUUCACAGGAAAACGCAUGCCUCAAAAGCAUUAUUCUUGGUAACUAAAGUUGGGCCUCAUAUCCAGCUAGUUAGCUAAUAGCUGAAAAAUAUUGGGCCAAAUCCAGUGAUGUCCCUGGAGGCUUAUGUUAGCAGAAUCAGGGGAGGGGGUAAGUUUUUCCCAGUUUCCCUGACAACUCCCCAUGUGAUCCAGAUACUUGGAGGAUCCUUCAGAACACCAUGGGAGGUGAUGCAAGGAGCUACAGGGGAGGGGGAGGUCAGUGACAAUCACCUCACUCCCUGUCCUGCCAGCAGAAGCCUCCCCUGGACCAAAGCCCUUUCCAUCCACUCAAGGACAUAAUUGCAUUCAGUUCUCUUAAACUUGUAGUUCGUUUCUUCCUCGCAUAAAGGUUGGUAUCUGAAGGUAGAUAUGGUGUGUAUUUCUAUAGAGUUUCCUUUGAAUAACGUUAUAAGCAAAUCCAAAAUGUUUCGAGUAAUAGGAGUGUAUGCCUAUUGUCAUAAUAGGCUUUCUCGGUAGUGGCACCCUCGCUGUGGAACGCACUCAGGUGUCAAGAAAAUAACAACUACAGUCAUACCUCGUGUUGCGUUUGCUUCAUGAUACGUUUUUUUCAGGUUGCGUCCUGCAGCGACCUGGAAGUACCGGAAAGGGUUACUUCCGGGUUUCGCCGCGUGUGCAGACGCACAAAAUGACAUCAUGCGCAGACGCAGCGACAUGCGCAGACGCGGGUUGUGUUCUGCUCAUGUUGCAAACGGGACUCCGGAACGGAUCCUGUUUGCAACCAGAGGUACCACUGUAUCUGACUUUUAGAAGACAUCUGAAGGCAGCCCUGUUUAGGGAAGUUUUUUAGGAUUGAUGUUUUUAUUAUGUUUUUAGAUAUGUUGUAAGCUGCCUAGAGUAGCUGGGGAAACCCAGCCAGAUGGGCAUGGUAUUAAUAAUAAUAAUAAUAAUAAUAAUAUCCUCAUAUUUUAACUGUGUGUGUCUAGGUCAGAUGUGGGUGUGCAAACCAACAAGUUACGUUCAUUAAAACAAUUUCUUCAGUGCCAUUGCAUUUCUUAAAAAAUACUGUUUUGAGGUGUUCUGCUUCUGUUUUUGGUUGUUUUUGUAUAUAUUUUAUAAUUUUAUAUAUGGACGUUUUACAAUGGCCUUUAUUUGUAAUGCCUAAUAAAGGUUUGGCAAAGUAAGUAUGAGUUCUGCUUCUAUGCAGACAAAUUCCUAAGGGCAGUGGGCCAACACUGCCACCAUUAGAACAUAUUUUAUCAUUGAUGAAGCCUUCUUUUUCACAAGGUUUAAUGAAACAAGUGAUUUGGGGUAUGGGUUCUCUUAAAAAAAAAAGAAACCCACCCUAAAGUCGUCUCAUUGGUUUUGGGGGUUCGUGUGUGUGUAACUCAUUGUAUCUGUAUUUAUAGGAAGCGCAACAAAAAGGGUGAGAAGAAUGGCAAGGGUUUGCGGCACUUCUCUAUGAAAGUUUGUGAGAAGGUUCAGAGGAAAGGAACGACCUCAUACAAUGAGGUAGCAGAUGAGUUAGUUGCAGAGUUUAGUACCGCAGAUGCACACAUCUCACCAAAUGAAUCGGUAAAUAUAUUCAUGUUCUGAAUUUAGUAGAGACAACAAACCCUUUUCCCGCAUGCUACAAAUACCUACAUGCAGACACAGCCCCUUUCUUUUUGCUUUCUUUUGGGGAUCAUCCCAAUGUGUGUAUUGUGUGUUAUAAAAAAUUCAAGUUCUUGCUUUCAAGAUUAGAAAUGCUACUUUGUUAACCGACAAAGUUAUGAUAUUACUUCAGCUGUUGCAUGACUGGAUAAAUUCUUUAAAAUAGUUAAAUCAGAGAUAUUCUAAUACUCUUAAUUCAACAGCAGGCUUAUGAUCAGAAGAAUAUUAGACGACGUGUCUAUGAUGCCUUAAAUGUCCUUAUGGCCAUGAACAUUAUUUCCAAGGAGAAGAAAGAAAUAAAAUGGAUUGGCCUACCUACUAAUUCAGCUCAGGAAUGUCAGAAUUUAGAGGUAAAAUGCGGUGGACUUUUCUCAUUUGCAGCAUUUCUUUAAUCUUGUUUUCUGAUUACUCGGGAGGAACAGAUUCCCUCACUUCCAUUCCAAGAUGGUGGCAUGCCUUUGGUUCCACACAGGGUUUCAUUCUGGUUGGAGACCCAGAUUUUGGAGUGGUGGAAUAAUUCAUUCUGCGCAUCUGGCUUUCAAAAUCAUAACUUUCUUUAAUUGAAAAUGAUUGUGCAUUUGCAAAAUUUCAUAAGUAAAAAAUAAAUCUUUAGGGUAAGAACCUCCCAAGUGCUGGUGGAAGAGAGCGGGAGUAGACAGUUGACAAUUCCUCCCAACUUCUGGAAAUAAUUCCAGAGCACUGUAACUAAUAGUGAAAAUUUGAGUUCCACUUUAGGGAAUAUUUACAAUGAAGUAGAACUUCGGAAUCUAGUGCAGAAUCUAAUCGUGUCAGAUUCCAUAAGCACCUCUGUUUAAUACCCCUUCAUUCUAUGAAUGACUUCACUAUAAGAAACAGAUACAUUUUUGGUUGAAUUAUUUUGAUUGUCUUUUAAAUAAUCUCUGAACAGGCUUAUGUAUCAUUUGAUGGUAGUUAGCUCUGGGUGUUCAAGAUUUCCUUGUAUGCAGAGAGAGGGUUUAUGGCUGUUGCCACACUGUCGUUGUUGUUUAAGAACAACAAAUGAUGUUUCAAAUUCAUUUCAGCAGAUAUGAAAUCUUGGAUAUUUAAAAAAAUCUAAAACAACCGAUUCUCAUGCCGUCUUGUGAACUGCUUUGGAAUCUUGCCUAUGUUUCAAAUGUAUAUAUUACUUGAGACAGGGUGCUGCUUUUUGAGAAGUAUAAAGCCCCCUUAGAUUCACAGAAUGAACUUCUUGGUUUCUUGGAUUUUAGCCCACAUACAGAGCAAUAUGUAGCUACGGUACUUCUCAAAUUCACCCAGCUCCUCUUUAAAACUAGCAACGUUUCUUUUCUUAAGGUGGAGCGACAGAGAAGACUUGAAAGAAUAAAGCAAAAACAGUCACAACUACAAGAGCUAAUACUUCAGGUAUUUUUGGAACAGUUGUUUGCCUUGCCAAAUCACUUUAUAUUUAUUUAUCAAUUGUCUAAUGUGUUAAGAUGAGCCGGUUUCCCCCUGAAGCACUUACUUAAUCCUACAUAAGUAAAUGACAUGACUGGGAAUAAGAGGAUAAUGGGCUGGACAAGUCAACUAAGCAGGUGGGCUAGCAGAAGCCACGGCAAGGGCUCCUGCUACUGCAAAGGUGCUUCCCGCCCCCCUUAUCUGCCUCAGAUCAGCUCUGGAGGGUUGGGAGAACCCCCCAGAACAGUGCAUGGGGAUUGGAGAGGGGAGAUUUUUCCAUCUGGCAAGGCAAAAUGAUUUCCUCCCAAUGGUUUUAAUUCACUUUAGCAAUAAGGCAUCACACAAUUUUCAUUCUUGAUUAUUGCAAGCACCUGUAUGCAACUUCAUCUGAUUCUGUUCUGUAUGUUUUGUGUCUCCUAUUUUUAUUUUAGGCCUGCCCUAAAAGAUAGAGUAGAAUUAAAUAAUAGAAUAAAAAUAAUUAACUGGAACAACCUCGGGGGUUUAUUAGACUUCUUUGCAUUUUUCUGGGGUUUCAAGAACAGCAGCCUUUUUACUUCUGGAAAGCACCGUAUUUUUCGCCCUAUAGGACGCACUUUUUCCCCUCCCCCGGCUUGCGCAGCGCUGCCUCUUAUCCCGAAGUCCCGGCGCGCUGAGCAGUCGCACCGGGGCUUCGGGUAGCUCUGCGCAAGCCGCGGGAGCCCUCUUUCUUGCGGAGAGCAGCCUGUUCUGGGGUCGGGGGAAGCUUGGGCUUCCCCCUCCCCAACCUCGCGCCUUGGGGGGAAAUAAUUUUUUUUACUUUAUUUCUCCCCCAAAAAACUAGGUGCGCCUUAUGGGCCGGUGCGCCCUAUGGGGCGAAAAAUACGGUACUUCCUCUUGGUAACCAGGCAGUAUCUGUAUAUAUGAAAUGGCACCAAGGGAAUAAGCUUUUCUUCAGCUUCCUGGUCAACCCUACCUGAUUAGGCAGAUUUUUCUCUUCCCUAACCCCCCACUGUCUUUCCUCAUCUUAUUUUACUUCUAUUUUACGGAUGAUCUUAUCUUUAAAAAGUUUGUCCAGAGCUUAUUCACUUUGCAGAAGUUAGUUUUUUCCCCAUGUUCUGGACUCUGUUUUGGAGCUGGAGGAAAAACCCCUCCACUUGGGUGUGGGUGUGUGUUUCUGUUUGUAGACUUAAACACAUACCACCUGGUAACCAAAAAGGAGGCAUUUCUCAAAACUUAAGAGUGCCUAAUCCAGAAACACUUGAUUAUAGAUAUUAGUGUUACUUGCUUAAUUAUUCUUAAAUAUUCUUAUUUAAGAAUUAAUGCCAAGCAAGCCUUCACAAUUGUUUUUCUAUUCUUAAAGAAAAUGAAGUUGUUUAUAUUUAAAUCCCUUAACAGCAAAUUGCCUUCAAGAAUCUUGUUCAGCGAAAUCGUCAAGCAGAACAGCAAGCAAACAGACCACCAGCUUCUAAUUCUGUCAUUCAUUUGCCAUUUAUCAUUGUGAACACCAGCAAGAAGACUGUGAUUGACUGCAGUAUUUCUAAUGACAAGUAGGUUGCUAGUAGGGAAACGAGUGUUUUCUUCUGUCCUUGCAAAUACACUGGCUGCAUUUGCAUGAUAAAUUAUAAUAAGCAAUUGACUUGUGCUUUGCUUCUCCCUCUAGUAAGCAUGGGGGCAACAAACCAUGGUGCUUGUCUUAGUAUUAUAUAUGAACUUGGGAACAUGGUUUGUUUUGCUCAAACCAAUGUCUGGUAAGCAAAGAAGAAACCUUGCCUUCAUGUUGUGGUUUAUUUGAAGCAAAACAAACCAGGACCUCCAAUUCAGUCAUAACACAGUAAGCCAGGGAGCAUAGUUUCAUUGCUCAUGCUCUUGCAAGGGGAGAGCAAAGCUACAACCAGGUGCGCAUGUUCAUGGAGCUAGCUUGACAUUUAUGCAGGAAAAUGGACUAAUCUCUUAAAUACUGAGAAAGUUGGGGUUGCAAAUACUGGUUUUAUUAUUUUAUAUUUAUAUACCACCUAAUUGCCUAAGUGGUUUCAAAGUGGUUUACAAGUAUAAAAACCAAUAGAAAAAAAUACACACGUAAUGAAAAUCCACACUAAAACAGUUCGUUCAAAAGGUUAAAAUAAAAACUCGCAAUUAAAAUGUACAAUAAAGUAAGCCCAUUAAAGCAGCACAGAGGUUAAAACAGGAGGUUCCGUUUAGGAGAUUAGGUGGGGUGGGGGGUGGGGAAUGCUUGUAAACAGGUAUGUCUUCAAGAGCCAGAGGAACACUGUUGAAACUUCUUGUAUUUAAGCAGGUGGAACAUUCUACCACAUUGGUGCUACUAGUGAAAAAGCUGGCCUCAACAGUCUAUAACCUGAUGAGAUUAUAGCUGAUUCUGUGAGCUGCACUCCUCAACACUGAUUUCUGUAGGGCUCCACAAAAGACCUCUGCCAGUGAGACUGGACAGUGUUGGUCUUGAUGGGGCCAAUUAUCUUACUAAUAUAUGAGAUACUGAAAUAUUUGAGACUACUGCUUCCUGAAAGACAGUGUUGGAAUUGUAUAACAGCAUCAAAAUGUGCUGUAUCUUUUAAAAGUUGCGUAUUAGUAGAAGGUACACUUUGGAAGAAAAUUUUAUAACCCUAUGUGCAUAGCUUUUUGACCAAUUUCUACCCACUUUCUGUAGGUUUGAAUAUCUAUUUAAUUUUGACAAUGCAUUUGAAAUACACGAUGAUAUAGAAGUGUUAAAGCGCAUGGGAAUGGCUUUUGGGCUAGAAUCUGGAAGUUGCUCAGCAGAGGACCUAAAAAAUGCAAGGAGCUUGGUUCCUAAAGCUCUUGAACCAUAUGUGACAGGUAAGGUUCUGUGAAAGAUUUCCUUAUAUUUAAAAUGUGUGUGGAAAAGAAACCAAACUGCCAUUGGAACUUGACACAACUGCAAUAUGCAGCGCUAUAGGAUACAAGUAGUUUGCAAAGCCUUUUAUCAUUACAGUUGCCUAAGCAAAGCAUUUUCUGAGUGAAAAGUUCUUAAGAACUUCCCUGCCCUCAAAUGAUGGAAAUAAAAGUUGUAAUAGUGCAGUGACUUCCAAAUCAUUGUGGAGUUACCAUCACCUACAUAGAGGUGGAUUAUCUAGCAGUCGAUUGUGAAAUGUUAGGUGCCAGGCCAAUCCUAGAAAUCAUUUCAGAAAGGAGAACUGUUUGUAAAGUGCUAUGGUGCUGUCCUCAGUUGGUGUCAAAAAGGACUGCAGAACAUCAGAAUUAACAAAGCUGUCCUUGAAAUACCGUAUUUUUUGCUCUAUAAGACUUCCUUUUUCCCUCCUAAAAAGUAAGGGGAAAUGUGUGUGCGUCUUAUGGAGCGAAUGCAGGCUGCACAGCUAUCCCAGAAGCCAGAACAGCAAGAGGGAUUGCUGCUUUCACUGCGCAGUGAUCCCUCCUGCUGUUCUGGCUUCUGAGAUUCAGAAUAAUUUUUUUCUUGUUUUCCUUCUCCAAAAACUAGGUGCGUCUUGUGGUCUGGUGCGUCUUAUAGAGCAAAAAAAUACGGUGCUUGUCAGCUAUUAGAGCAAAUUUGAACCAAGUCUGAUUUCAUUUUAGCACGCGUUUCCAUACUUUUAAGUGUAGCAGUUAUGAAUGAUCAAUAUUUUCAUAGUAAAAGGAAGUUGUCAUAUUCAUCCUUGCCUCUGCUGUUCCGUACAAUUGGUUUUAUUUACUAAAAUACAAUCGGGUGUUUUAAUGAUACACUUAGUUUUGUAUGCUGUGGAAUCCCUUUAGAGAAUUAGGCUUUGUACACCCAAACCUAUCCCCCCCCCCCAUUUUUCUUCUGCUUUGUAUGCACUUUAGAGAUUAUUCAGUGCACCUAUAUUUUAGUGGGAACUUUAAUGGGCCGUGUAACCUCUUUCUUUCUUUUUUUAAGCUCCUUAAAAAAAAUUCUUCGUGAUGAGCUCUUUGUAGAAAAUGUUACUACGUGUAAAAAAUAUUUGGAUUAGAUUUGUGUUUAGUACAGAAUCAACACUGCAGAAUUCAUAAUGCUUUCUUCCUUUACAGAAAUGGCUCAGGGAUCAAUAAGCAGUGUGUAUGUCUCAUCCUCAUCAGGUUCAGCUUCAAAUGGGACAAGAUUUUCAAACAGGUUAGAUGGGAUUUCUCUUUAAAUACUGAUAAACCUGGCAAAUGGCAAGCACCGUCAUUUUUAGGAACCCCCCCUCCAUUGAUUUUAAUGCAGAACAAAACAGUAUUACAUACGGGGAUAUAGGGAAAAACAAAAACCAUAGGGAUGAAAGGUGGCACAAAUCACAUAUAUUAACAGUUCACAUAUCACAUAACGAAACAAAAGUUAACUCAAAAGUCCAGAUUUCCUGGGAAGCUGUUGUAAGUUGUUGUAAGUGGUGUUCAUUUGUAUACAAAAUAAAAUCCCGCUCGACUGGAUAGAGGGUAUCCAAUGUAGCUGUGCCUUGCAAAGUUCGAAGAUGGUGUGUAACUUCUUCAAAAACGGCAAUAUUCCAAACAUUAUUGGAAUAUCCAGUAUAUUCCGAUUUCUGUAUGGUGGGCAAGCAUGCAGUAGCCAAUAAGAAUCUUCUAAUAUAACCAUCUUGUUGUCGUGCCCAAAAAUAAACGGGAGAGCAAGAAGAGAGGGGGUAAUUAAGUUGACUGCUUAGUUUCAUUAAAAACCAGGGACCAAAAAUAUAUAGACCUGCAAACACUUUCACCAGAGGUAGAAGUAUGUUCCCCUAGCACCACACAGCCUUGCCAACGUGAGAGGCGUGUGACAUUUGCCCUGCGGUCCUGUGCCACCUACGAUACAGCUCAAAGUGUGGUCUCCCUGAUAUGGACCAAAAUCGACUUUAUUGCCCAAAUAGAGCAUAUUACCAUAUUGGCCCGGAUAUAAGCCACAACUUUAAAAUUCGAGGGGGAAGAAAAAAAGACAGUAUCCGAAUAUAAACCACUCCCUUAAAAUUCCGCAGGCACUCACACCCGUUCCAUUUUACCAUAUGUCUGUUUCAGCUGCGAUACCAUAAAAGCCAGUUUCUUUAAGGUCGUGAAUUUAAGCUGCACUUUAACUAUUCACGGUUGGAAUUUGGGAAAAAAAGGUGAGGCUUAUAUUCAGGCCAAUACAGUACAUUCCAAAUACCACCACCUGUAUUCUCCCCAAUAUCUCCCUCCCCGGAGUUUUAAAACCAACUUAGAGCCUGCAGUGCAGGUUAAUAAUUGCUUAUAUUAAGCUGCAACCCAAGCUUUUACCAUAGAGGAACAGGGUUUUUGUAAGAGGUCUAGUGACCUGUGCGCGGGUGCAGCUCAGUCAGAAAACAUGUUACGCAAUAAAAAUGCAACCAGCCGAUGUCCUUGAUCUGGGAGGCUUGCUUGGUAGCGGGUGAUGGAUUCUGGUCAGUUGGAUUUUGUUGUUAGCCAGAUAAAAUCUUAUCAGCAGCUGCUGAGACUUCCUAAGGAAAGUGCUUCUUUCAUCAAAGGGCAAAUUUUGCUUUUUGUUUUGCCUAAUAGUUUCCCUACGGGACACAGUUGGCGCUGUGGGUUAAACCACAGAGCCUAGGACUUGCCAAUCAGAAGGUCGGCAGUUUGAAUCCCUGCGAUGGGGUGAGCUCCCGUUGCUCGGUCCCAUCUCCUGCCAACCUAGCAGUUCGAAAGCACAUCAAAGUGCAAGUAGAUAAAUAGGUACCGCUCCGGUGGGAAGGUAAACGGCGUUUCCGUGUGCUGCUCUGGUUCACCAGAAGCGGCUUAGUCAUGCUGGCCACAUGACCUGGAAGCUGUACGCCGGCUCUCUCGGCCAAUAAAGCGAGACGAGCGCCGCAACCCCAGAGUCGGCCACGACUGGACCUAAUGGUCAGGGGUCCCUUUACCUUGAAUAGUUUCCCUAAUUGGCAUUUUGAAGGAGUUAAAGCCCAAAAGGUGAUAAUGGUGUAGAGCAGCCAUAGGGAAGUGUUGAGAAGUUGGUCCCAAUUCAUACCCACAAAGGCUUUUUCUUUUAUUUUGCCAUUGUGUCCAGGAAGGUACAGCAGUUGAUCCUGGCAUCCUGAGCCAAAGAUAUGAGCAAAGUCCUUGGGGUCCAGUAGCUACCUUGCAUGACUUUAGUUCAAAAAAAAAAAUUUAGGCACAUUCCUUUUCUCUUUCUCUCUUUUUUUUUUAAAAGAUAUUUAUUGAGAUUUUCAAAAUGUUACAAAAAAGAGAAAAAAUAAAAUAGAAGCAGAAGAGCGUACAAAGGAUAAAAAUAAUUGACAAAAUAGAAAAAAGGGGGAAAAAACCAACCCCUUCCCACCAUAUACAAAAAAAUUCCAAAUGAGAAAAAAUGACAGAAAAAAAAGAAGAAUGCAAAAAUCACAAAACUUUAAAAACAUUUAAAAACAAAUUCAUUAUUUUCAAGUCCUUAACUGUCAUUACCUUCUUUCUUAGACCUCCUCCUCCUCCCUUUCUUUGUAUCCUAGUUAUUAAUUAUCCCAGCAAAUCCUUGACCUUAUCUUUCUAUAAUAAAAUAAAACUUAAAACUUAAAUCUUAUCCUUACCAACUUCUCAUAAUCAUAAUAUUCUUUCAUAAUUCUUUAAACAUCUUUGCUAAAGCCAAGUAAUUUCAUUCCAACAUUUUUCUAUCAUUCAUCAAUUUUAUAAAACAGUUCUAAUGGUAGAAAAAAGAGGUAUAAACAGAUCCAAUCUUCAUCCAGCGUCCCUUCCUCCUGGUUCCGGGUUUUCCGAAAAACCUUUUCUCACCCUUCCUCCUGCAUAGCUGUGUUGUAAAAACUUAAUGCAUUAAUGGAAAACCAGUUAAAAGUAUUGAUCCUAAUUUGCUUUUGUCCAGUGACUACUCAAAUGGAGGGGAUGGAAUGUUAGCUACAAGUUCCAAUGGAUCUCAAUACAGCGGCUCUAGAGUAGAGACACCAGUGUCUUAUGUUGGAGAUGACGACGAUGACGAUGACGAGGACUUUAAUGAAAAUGACGAUGACGACUGAUAUUUUUUGCGUGUAGACUUUUUUAAAUGUUAAAAUUCAGCAAGCUUCAGGAAUAAUUCUAGGAAGAGAAUUGUCAUAAAAUUGCCCCAUCAAGGAGAUACUGGUAAGAGUCCUGAAUUUAGAAAUUGCUCCUCCAGUAAAGUAAAAAGAAUUGUUUGUUUUAUGUAGAUUUUUUUACAUGUGGUGAGGAUGUGUGUGUUGAUACCAGUGUGUUAAUGCAGAACCUUUAUUUACUCUUUGCUUAGAAUUUUUAACUUGAAGGAAAAUGCAUUUUGCCCCUAAGUGUUGUUGCUAAGUUUGAAAAUGUAGCCACAUUUAAUGGAAAAUAAAAUCUGUCCACCUGUCAAAAAUGCAUACACUGAAUGGCAUUUUAUUUAGAGUGCAUUUAGGUGACACUUCGUACUGAAGCAUAGCAAACAAAUGUUAUAUUUUGCUGAUCAUGCAGAGUCCAAAGAAACAAACAAAAGAGCCUCUUUUUAAAUGUUAGUUUGCGGAAAUUGUGUGAAUUUAUUUCCCUUUUAAAAAUUAUUCUGAUCAUUGUAAUUCCAUCAAAUUUAUAUAUUGUGUUUGCUGAAUGUUAGGACAUAUGGAAUACAAUUUUUGGCAAAUGUUUACUGCCAAGCUGGCACAGCUGUGUAAAUGUCUUGAAGGUUUGGGAUGAGUUUUGCUUAUGAUAAAAAUUUGCCUGAUUUCUUACAGGCAGAUUUUGAAAACAAUUUGUUAUAUAGUUGUUUACAUACCUAUAAGUCUAUCAUAUAAAAGACAUGUACUGAAACAAAUGUUUAUAUUUGUUUCUUAAACAUCUUCCAGUAAUCUAUUAUAAAGUUGAAAUUAAAUAUAGAGAAUGUUUUAUGUUUAACUCAAAAUUUGUCAAUCACUUUUAAUACUUCAUUUUUUUUAUAAAAGAAAUUUCAGGGCAGGUGGUAGUCUUUUAAAAUUUAUUCAUAAAGAAUUAACUGCACAAAUACUGUCAGCUGCCUGUUCUAAGACAGUAGUCUUUUUAUUGAAACACAAAUAAACUUUUCUGUAAUAUUUUAUGGAAUAUAAGCAGUUUGUUUUACUUGUUUAAUUGUGGCACUAUUAGUUUUUAUUAAUAAAAAGCGCGUGGGCAUUUUUAACAAGUUCUUUGUUUCUCUAAUCAAGAUUAUUUUCACCUUCUGCUUUGUUGUGUUUUGACUUGUGAUAUAGUUCUUCAGUUUGGAAGAGUUUCAGAGCUCUUUAAAUGGGUAAGUAGGUAGGUAUUUAUAUCGCUACAUAAAUUGUGAGAGACUUUGACAGCACUGCAUUCACAAGCAAUUAAUCCCUAGGAUAGUGCCUCUGAUCAUAGAAAUGUAUAAGUGGAUAAAUCAUUGAGAUAUGCCUGAAAUAAAAGGGAGAUUUAGUAAAA